AUGGCCAAUACACAACAAUACUUGAUAUAUGUAAACGAAUUGCCGAACUCUUCCGAGAUCAGUUCUUUAUUAUCUCAGCCACCAUACGAAUUGACGCUCUCGGUUGAAGAAUUGACCAAGGCACCAAUUAUUAAAAAUAGGUUUGAUAAAAUUCCUCGCCCCUCGAAUGCGUUCAUGAUUUACCGCAGGAAUUACGCGGCCGAAAUGCAUUUAAUGCAUUUGGCAGCACAAACAACCAAAACCUCAACAAAGGUUGCGAAAAGCUGGGAGAAGGAAUCUGAAUUAGUGAAAAAAUUCUUUAAAGUUUUAUCUUUAAUUGCCGAAAGGAAUCAUUCAUUAAUGUAUCCUAGUUAUAAAUUUCAACCUAAAAGCAAGAAAAAAAAAGUGCUCAAGUUUCGUGAGGUUUCUUUUAAGAAAAAUAAAUCUAAAAAAUCUCAUAACUUGACAUCGACCACCACUAAUUUAUCAUCGCCUGAAUUCCCAUCUAACCAAGUUUCCACAAAUAAUACCUCACCCGUUCCACAAUCACAUCAACUGUCAAAUUAUGGUCCUACUGAAAUUGAUGAUCCAUUUUUUUCAUUAUUUAAUUCAUCGUCGUCUGAAUUCCCCGUUCCACAAUCGUCAAAUUAUGGUCUUACUGAAAUUGAUGAUCCAUUUUUUUCAUUAUUUAAUAUUAAUUCAUUCGUCGCCUGA